GGGUGGGGUUUCCCAUUUAGCCUAUAUCUUCCCAUCUCUCAGCUUAAGCCUCUGCACCAUCCCACCUUCACUUCUCAGCUCUCUCCCUCCCUUUCUUCUUUUUGUCAUUCCAUUCAUUCAUCCUGUUAGUGCCUCUUUGUCCCUUUACUCUCAGCCUCUUUCUCUCUCUCUCUUUCUCUCUCCACCUGUUCUUGAAUUCAGAAACGAUAGAUCCUAGGUCAUAUUUGUAGGAUCGGCAGUCAAUCAAACAUCAAAUCGCAUCAUCAGAUCAGGUAUAAAAGGGAAGAUAUUCCCUUCUGGGAGAGCCUUCCUUAGGCCGUUCAAUCAUCAUCAGCAACCUCAGCAGCGAGCAUGUCAUCCUCCUCAGCCGCCUUUUCUUUUGACCACUUCUCGUCAUCCCCUUCCGAGCAGCUCUGCUACGCUUACUGCAACUUCUGCGACACCAUUCUCGCGGUGAGCGUUCCCCGUAGUAGUCUUUUCAUGACGGUGACGGUGAAGUGCGGCAAGUGCACCAAUCUUCUCUCUGUCAAUGCGAGGGGACUUCUCUUCCCCGAGGUCAACCAGUUCCGACUUGGCCAUUCCUUUCUGACUCUCCCCCAUCACAAGCUCUCGGAUGAGAUACCAUGCUCACCUACAAGCUUACUAAUGGAUCCAACCACAAUGAACACCACCACCACCACCACCACCAAUACUCUAGUGGCUUCAGUCAACAGAGGAACUGAUGAUAAACUUCGACGGACGCCGGUCCUUAACAAACCUUUGGAGAAAAGGCAGAGAAUUCCAUCCGCAUACAAUCGAUUUAUCAAGGAUGAAAUCCAACGCAUAAAAGCUGUGAAUCCCGACAUUACUCACAGAGAGGCCUUCAGUGCAGCUGCAAAAAACUGGGCUCACUUUCCGCACAUCCAUUUCGGUCUGAUGCCGGAUCAGCUCAUGAAGAAGGCCAGCUUUCGGCUGCAGGAUGGAGAGGAUGUUCUUCUCAAAGACAACUUCUGAGUUUUCCCUUUGGGUUUCUCCUCUUCCUCUCCUCUUGGGGUUCGUUCUUGGUCUUCUAAUGGAGGAUAUAGGGGCAGUGGGGGAUGUAAAUGCCUGUGCAAAAGGUUGGGUGGUGGCAGAUCUCAUGGACAAAAAGUUUUUAAGUGCUUAGAUAUGUCUGCAACACUCUUAUCUGCUAACCCUACUGCAAACUUAGCCUUUUCAAGCAUUUAUGAAUUGAUCUUUGGUUGCAGUAGACAAUGUGCUUCCUCAAUUGUCUACGUAUAGCUGAGCAUAACAUAAAGGAUUCAGACACUCCAUUAUAUGUUCUUCCUCAUC